GACGUCAUAAGUAAGUAUAAAGCCACGGCCUGAAACCUUCCCCCCACACACACACACCGUUGUAGCGGAUACACCUUGCUGCCAGGACUCUUCGGCAACAGCUAUUACAGAACAUCUGUCUGGAAUUUAAAAGGGAAGUACGAGAUGGCCCGUACCAAGCAGACUGCCCGUAAAUCCACCGGAGGAAAGGCGCCAAGGAAGCAGCUGGCUACCAAGGCAGCCAGGAAGAGCGCGCCGUCCACGGGGGGAGUGAAGAAGCCCCAUCGUUACAGGCCCGGGACUGUGGCUCUGAGAGAGAUCCGUCGUUACCAGAAGUCCACAGAGCUCCUCAUCCGCAAGCUGCCCUUCCAGCGCCUGGUGAGAGAGAUCGCCCAGGAUUUCAAGACUGACCUGCGCUUCCAGAGUGCUGCUAUUGGAGCCCUGCAGGAAGCAAGCGAGGCUUACUUGGUGGGUCUGUUUGAGGACACCAACCUGUGCGCCAUCCACGCCAAACGCGUCACCAUCAUGCCCAAAGACAUCCAGCUGGCUCGUAGGAUAAGGGGAGAGAGAGCCUAAGCAGCUUGUGGCAGCAUUACCAAGACAAAUGAUACUAUUUAUCGUACUUAACCAUUUUUGUGGACAUUUUAUUUCGUGGGUAUUUUUAUAAGUUUUCUGUUUGGAUUUUGUAUUGUAUUUUAGAUCGGGACAUACAUUCAUUCCACCAUCCUGAGUACACUUAGGGUAGUUUGAAUUUGUUGCAGCAGGGUAAUAUGCCUUUUCAGCCGUCGCUCAUUACUACGUGUUUAGGUCGUACCAUCUCUUUGCGAUUAGUGUGGCUGUCUGGAGAUGGUUUCAAAAGGAUACAUUCUCAUCACAUCUUUUCUGAGGGUCUGAGGUUUCUUCACUAAUCUACCAUUCACCACAAAAAGCCAGCAUGUCUUGCUGAACGGGUCAAAAUGUGACGGUAUUGGCUGUGACAGUAAAGCUGUGCACUGUGUGACCACGAGCAUGGGAGACCCUCCUGUAUUUUUCUGGACUGCUUUUUACAUGUUUUUCAACAAAACUUGGCAGCUACAUUGAAUACUAUUUAUGAAGAUGUUGUCACAUGUCUUUCUAUUAAAGGUCUUUAUGAGUAGAA